AGUAGCGAGAGCAGGUGUUUGUGAAACGGGAGAGUUACCAUUGCGCAUCCAACACGGCCAGUCAGUCAGAGCUGACAGUACUAUUUCCCUUUGUAAGGUUGACUGCAUGCACACCCGAUCACCACAAGUCACAGGGCAACGCAGUACAGCAUGUGAGUGUAUACCAAGCGGUAGAAACCAGGUCAGGUCAUGUGUUGAAUAGACGUUCUACAUUCACGUAUCCCACACUGCUUGUAUUGUACAAUUGAUGUGUCAUCGCAUUCAUUAAGACUCAUUAACCACGCGAUCAUGUAUCCAAACUAUAGCAUUAUAUGCAAUACAGGCAGUCAUUUUAAAAGAAAAGAUUCAAUUACGAUACACACGAUACGACCACAACACAGACUGUCACAAUGUUAAAUAUGUAUGUGUCACGCUAGAUUCAGUUGCGAUACACACCGCAGGCCACAACACAGUCUGUCACAUUGUUAUAUAUGUUGGGAUAUUCAUACACGGUACUAACCACAGACGCCUGAUUCUUAAAGUAAAAAUUAGUUUGUGUUUGCAGCUGACUUUAGGAGACGACACUAUGGCCUUGCAGAAAGAGAGUCCAAGAUCCGACCCAGGGCCAGAAAGUGUGUUUGCUCCCGAGAUUGCGUUGGUGGAUCUCAACAACUCUAAGGGCCAUGGCUUUAAGUGUUAUCAGUACGAGGGUAUAUAUUGGAGUUUGUGGCCUCGUCAAAUAUCCAAGGGGAAAAAUCCAGUCGAAGAAUUCAAACGUCUAAAAGAAUGCACAAUGGAAGAGGAUGACAUCAUCAUAUGUGCAUAUGCCAAAUGUGGAACCCACUGGCUGUGGGAGGUUAGUGAGAUGCUCAAAAGUGGAACCAUUCAGUAUAAGAAGGAGAUGAAAGAGACCCGAAUGAUAGAGUUUAUACAAAAAGAGGGAAUCGACAUUCUACAAAAGCCCAGAAUACUGAACAAACAUCUUCUUCUGCGCAUGCUCCCUACACAGGUCGUGGAGAAGAAGGUCAAGUGUAUCCAGAUCAUGCGCAAUCCUAAAGAUGUAUGUGUGUCUUUUUACAACCACAAGAAGAACAUAUUACCUUCCAUUGGCUACGACGGGGACUUCGUGGAGUUCACAGAGGCGUUUUUGUCGGGGAAAUUGCCGUUUGGAUCCUACCACAACUACCUGCUGACAUGGCAGAAAGAAGUAGCCAGAGAACCGAACCUACCUGUACUCACCCUGCACUAUGAGGUCAUGAAGAAUCCUGUCAGGUGUAUAAAAGACAUUGCCACAUUCCUGAAUAUUACUGUAACAGAUACAUUCUGUGAAGGUAUAGCCGAGGCGUGCAGCUUUGAUAAAAUGAAGCAGUUUGACAAAGAGGAAAAGCACAUACAUUUGUCACUCUGGAAGGAAGGAUCUGGGGGGUCCUUUUACAGGAAAGGUGAGGUUGGGGACUGGAAGAACUGGUUCACGGUUGCAGAGAACGAGAAAUUUGAUCGCAUUUGGAAUGACAAAAUGAAGGGAUCUGGCAUCCAAUUCAUGUACACAUUGUGAGACUGUACAUUGGUGAAUAAUCGUUUGUCAAAGUGCUGAUGAAACUUUUCAUCAGCUAUUCCAAGAGGCAUUCCAUUGUGAUGAGGAAGACCCCAAACCCUUCCGUAUUUGAUAAUAUAUUGCAGUUAUAAAAGAUAAACGGUUUUGAGGUGGUCCAAUAAAAGCCUGAUCAGGAA